UAGGAAUUUUAGUAGAAUUGCAAUGAAUGCGAGAAUAAGUAGUGCCCGGAUUAAUCAAGGUGAAUUCACCAAAACUGUCUACACAUGGAUUAAAGAUGGAAAUUACAAAGAAGUCAUCGCUUUCCUCAGCGAACAAAUCGCUGUAAAUCCCAACUCGAGGGCCGGCCUCUCACUACUGGGUUAUUGUUACUAUCAUUUGCGAGACUUUGUGAGCGCCACCAACUGUUACGAGCAAUUGAUCCAAUUCUAUCCCGAUGUGGAACAGUAUUACGUAAACUACACCCAAUCCCUAUAUCAGGCCUCUCUAUACGAAGAGGCUAUGAAAGCCUCGUUUAAAAUCGAGGAAAAGUUUGGUUUCAACGCUCAGACAAUCAAAUUACAGGCGGCCAUCAAAUACUGCGAGGAUGACAUCCCGGCCGCCAAAAGUCUUAUUGACCAGAUCGGCGACGAGGACCCGGACAAGGAGGUGAACCUGGGGUCUCUGCUGUACAAGCAGGGUCGUUAUGACGAGGCCAUCGCCAAGUUCAGCACAUGCUUACAGCUGGAAGGCUAUCGGCCCGAUAUUCUCUAUAACAUAGCUCUCUGUCACUACAAAAUGAAACAAUACACGAAUGCAUUGAAACAUAUCGGAGAUAUCAUCGAGAAGGGCAUUAGAGAGCACCCGGAGCUUAGUGUCGGGAUGACAACUGAAGGAAUUGAAGUGAGAAGUGUUGGAAAUACUCUAACCCUUCACGAGACAGCUUUAGUCGAGGCGUUCAACUUGAAAGCAGGCAUUGAAUACCAGCUUAAGAACUACGAGUCAGCUCAGGAGGCAUUGACUGAUAUGCCCCCGCGGUCUGAGGAGGAGUUGGAUGCGGUGACACUUCAUAAUCAGGCGCUCAUGUCUAUGGAAACGGAUCCGACGGAAGGGUUCGAGAAAUUGCAGUUUUUAAUACAACAAAACCCUUUCCCUCCCGAAACGUUUGCCAACCUAUUGCUGUUGUACUGUAAGUACGAGUACUACGAUUUGGCGGCCGAUGUAAUGGCAGAGAACACACACUUCACGUAUAAGUAUCUGAGCCAAUAUUUGUAUGAAUUCCUCGACGCAGUCAUCACUCAACAGACCUCUCCUGAAGACGCGUACAGAAAGUUUGACGAAAUGGUAUCGAAACACACGGACUCUUUGCGCAAACUAAGCAAACAAAUACAGGAAGCCAAACAAAACCAAAACGAGGAUUUGGCCAAAAAACUCACUCUUACUUAUAACGAUACACUUGAACUCUAUCUGCCGGUGCUUAUGGCUCAGGCUAAGAUUUAUUGGGAUAUGGAGUACUACACUCAAGUGGAGAAAGUAUUCAAAAAGUCAGUCGAAUUCUGCAAUGAUUAUGAUGUAUGGAAAUUGAAUGUAGCGCACGUCCUAUUCAUGCAGGAAAAUAAGUUCAAAGAGGCGACUGGUUUCUACGAGCCGUUAGUCAAGAAAAGUUACGACAAGAUCCUGAACGUAAGUGCCAUAGUAUUGGCCAAUCUGUGCGUGUCGUACAUCAUGACCGGUCAGAACGAGGACGCAGAGGAACUGAUGCGGAAGAUCGAGAAGGAAGAGGAGCAGUUAGCCUAUUCGGAUCCCGACAAGAAGAUCUUCCACUUAUGUAUCGUGAAUCUGGUGAUCGGGACCCUCUACUGUGCGAAAGGCAACUACGAGUUCGGGAUCUCCCGGGUGAUUAAGAGUCUGGAGCCGUACAACAAGAAGUUGGGAACUGAUACCUGGUUUUAUGCCAAACGAUGCUUUCUAUCCCUAUUGGAAAACCUGUCCAAACAAGUGAUAUGUAUUCGCGACUCUAUAAUACAGGAAUGCCUCCAAUUCUUCAGCCAAUGCGAGGAAUACGGAAAGAAUAUAAAGACUAUAAUUGAAGCGCCGUUAGAGUUAGAGACUUUGCAUCCGGGCAAAAAUACGGUCACAUACGAGGCCAGACUUCUUAAGGCUUUGUUGCUUAGGAUUAUUCGUUGAAUGAAAACUAUUUUUCUAUUUUCUUAUUUAAUCUUCAAAAGAG